AUGCUGUGCUUAGAACUCAUGCUUGUCAUUCUAAUUUCGGAGAUUGGAGAGAGGACAAUGUGUUCAGAUUCAUCAGCGAAAGAAAAUAAAAAUGGACUUGAAACCUUGCCUCAAGAAUUAUUGAUGACUCAGAAGGAUUCAAUUGGCUGCAACUAUACAUUAUUACCGUAUUUUGUUGACGCCACAAUGGAUAAUGGUUUCCUGUACGUAAAUUGUACAAAAACGUGCCCGGAGAGAAAACAUGAAACUGUUGUGAAUGGAAACGAGUGUGUCGUAAGUCUUUAUAGCUUUGAUAAUUAG